GCCUCGUCUAAGAGAGAAGAAGAAAAACAGACGAAGGCAUGGAGAAGGGAAGAGAGUCCAUUUAUAAGACGGAAGUCAGAGAAGCUUCAAAGUUAGAGAAAAACAACAAGAGGAAGGAGGACAGAGUGAGCAACUUACCCGAUGAAGUGCUUCAUCGCAUACUUUCCACUUUGGACGCAAAAUCAGCGGUUCAAACGUGCGUUUUGAGCAAGCGAUGGAGGCACGUUUGGACUUCCCUACCAGUCCUCAACUUCCUCGACUCUUCCUUCGACGAUUUUCUCCAUUUCCAGUGUUUCGUGGACCAUUUUCUGUCUCGCAGAGAUGCUUCCAGCAACAUCUCCGUCCUCAACUUUGCGUGCACAGAUCAUGAACUUGAUGAUGGGCACACGCACAUCGUAGAUUCCAUCAUUGACCAUGUUACCCUCACACCACCCAUCACCAUUCAGGGUCUCUACAUCGUCGCUGAAUGCAUCGUAGGGAAGCUUCCUCAACUCUCUAUUUGUCAAUCUCUCACUACCCUCAAACUUGCUCACAUAUCCACUGAAACCACAACCUUUGACUUCUUAUCUCUCACGCACUUGCACCUUUUCGAUUGUCGGUUUGAGUGCGGUUUGGAAGAGCUUCUCGACCCUUUUAGGGAUUGUCUUAAUCUGAAGCACUUGUAUCUUCAUCGCUGUCAGUACUAUGGAGGAUUCCAGAGGUUUAAAAUCUUUGCCCCCAAACUCACCCUGUUGAGCAUUGCCCUGAUGAGAGUAGAUGAAAUGUUUGAUUCUGAUUGUACCAUCCAGCUUUUCACGCCAAAGCUCCAAUCUUUUACAUACUGUGACUUUGAUCUCUAUGAUUUUUCUAUUGAGGGGGACCUUCCUUUUAUAGAAGAAGUGGAUAUUGAUAUGGGCUGUUUGGCUAAGGACACUUAUUCACUGCUUCAGUUGAUUGAAUUGUUUCAAGUGAUGGGGAAUGCCCAGUUUGUAUCCUUAUCACCUGAUAUCAUUGAUGUUCUAGCUACGUUUCCUGAUCUACUGGAUGGUCGGUCAUCCCCUUUCACUAGAGUGAGGACUUUUGUGUUGAACAUGGAUACGCCUUCUUCCUCCUUUGUUAUACCUCCUAAUGUCAUGGCCUACUUGUUUAGUGGAUCUCGUGGACUUGAUUUCUUGAUUUCUAUGAACGGGAAGGUGUGGAAAAAGGUGCAAAACAGUGCAAAACAAUCUGAUUGAAGAUGGCUUCUUGCUAACUUUGACAGUUUUAUCUUUUUGAGAUUGAAAGCUGUUUUAACAAAGAAGACUCGUGUAUUUUUUUGUUCUCCCCAGAGAAAUAGUGGUCCUGCUGAAUGCUGAUAAUUUGCUGAAUAUGCAGCAAAGAUGGGUUGACGCAUUGUUCAUAAUCUGUCAUAUUUGUUGCUAACAGUUGUUAUUUUGUGGUCUUUUAGGCCUUUUGCUCUCUAAUGUUGUAAACUGCAUAUUACAUAUAGAGAAUCUCAAUUAUAUAUCACCAACAACCAGAUUCUGUUUUAUCAAGUUAGUUAUAUUUUCCUUUUUGAUGCUCA